AUGGGCCGGGCCCCGCCGGGCACCCGCCGGACCCCCAGCCCCGGGCCCGCCGCGCCGCCCGCGCCCGCGCCCACGCCGCGCCCGCCCCGCGCCCGCGCCCGCGGCCUGGCGCUGCUCGGAGCCCUGCUGGCCGCCGCCGCCGCCGCCGCCGCCCGGGCCUACGCCCGCCACCACCAGGCCCAGGCGGCCGCGCUGCAGGAGUCAGCCCUGAAGGCCCUGGGCAACGAAGGCCUCUUCCUCUUCUCCUCGCUGGACACUGAUGGGGACUUGCGCAUCAGUCCUGAGGAGUUCAAGCCCAUCGCUGAGAAGCUGACAGGGUCAACCCCGGCGGCCAGCUAUGAGGAGGAGGAGGAGCUGCCCUUGGACCCCAGCGAGGAGACGCUCACCAUCAAAGCCAAGUUCCAGCCUCUGCUCCUAGAGUCCAUGACCAAGAGCAAAAAUGGGUUCCUAGGGGUCUCCCACCUGGCCCUGUCCGGCCUCCGCAACUGGACGAGCGCCGCCUCCCCAAGCGCCGUGUUUGCCGCCCGCCACUUCAGGCCCUUCCUGCCCCCACGGGGCCAGGCUGAGCUGGGCAAGCCCUGGUGGCUCAUCCCCAGCGAGCUGAGCAUCUUCACUGGCUACUUGUCCAACAACCGCUUCUACCCACCACCACCCAAGGGCAAGGAGGUCAUCAUCCACAGGCUCCUGAGCAUGUUCCACCCGAGGCCCUUCGUGAAGACCCGCUUCGCCCCCCAGGGGGCUGUGGCCUGCCUGACAGCCAUCAGCGACUUCUACUACACGGUCAUGUUCCGGAUCCAUGCUGAGUUCCAGCUCAGCGAACCUCCCAGCUUCCCCUUCUGGUUCUCACCUGGCCAGUUCACCGGUCAUAUUAUCAUCUCCAAAGAUGCCACCCACGUCCGCGACUUCCGGCUCUUCGUGCCCAACCACAGGUCUCUGAACGUGGACAUGGAGUGGCUGUAUGGGGCCAGCGAGAGCAGCAACAUGGAGGUGGACAUCGGCUACAUACCACAGAUGGAGCUGGAGGCCACCGGCCCCUCAGUGCCAUCUGUGAUUCUGGACGAGGACGGUAACACCAUCGACAGCCGCCUGCCCUCGGGAGAGCCCCUGCAGUUUGUGUUUGAGGAAAUCAAGUGGCAACAGGAGCUGAGCUGGGAGGAGGCUGCAGGGCGCCUGGAGGUGGCCAUGUACCCCUUCAAGAAGGUCGCUUACCUCCCUUUCACGGAGGCCUUCGACCAGGCCAAGGCCCAGAACAAGCUGGUGCACUCCAUCCUGCUGUGGGGAGCCCUGGACGACCAGUCCUGCUGAGGCUCUGGGCGAACUCUCCGGGAGACAGUCCUGGAAAGUUCGCCCAUCCUCGCCCUCCUCAAUGAGAGCUUCAUCAGCACCUGGUCCCUGGUGAAGGAAUUAGAAGACUUGCAGAACAGCCCGCAGAGUGCCGCCCACCAGAAGCUGGCCAGCCUACACCUGGAGAAGUACAGCUUCCCAGUGGAGAUGAUGGUCUGCCUGCCCAAUGGCACUGUGGUCCACCACAUUAAUGCCAACUACUUCUUGGACAUCACCUCCAUGAAGCCCGAGGACGUUGAGAACAACGUCUUCAGCUUCUCAUCCACCUUUGAAGACCCAUCCACGACCACCUACAUGCAGUUCCUGAGGGAGGGUCUGCGGCGUGGCCUGCCCCUCCUCCAGUCCUAGAGUGGCCCUGGGCAGUGAGCAGCCAGGCUUUGUGGGGUACCUGGAAAGAGUGGAGACCAGACCCACAGCCCCUGAGCCAGUGGUCCUCACACAUUUCAAAUUUCAGAUAUGUCCAUACUCUGCACUCUUAUCUGGCUGCCUGUGGACCCAGGAUUAACUAAGGGUGCAUAUCUUUGGUAUGUGGGGUUGAUCUUGUAGCUCUGGCUGACAUCACUAGCCCUCCUGGAUUCAGAAACCACUUAAACUGCUUGAGUUUCAUCCUCCAUCCUGAGGAUGGAACCUGGGGUUACUGCCCUUGGCCUCCUCAGGCCCUUAGCUCAGGUCUUGGGGGGGGCAUAGAACCAGGUGGAGUUAGUGCUAGGAAGUCAGGGUCACCCCUCUCCCCAUCCAGAGGAAACAUGGGGAAACUCUGACCCCAGGGGCUGGGGGAAACAUUCCUGCCUCAUGAGGGGAGGUCAUUCUAUAUCCCUACUGCUUCCCCCCACCACUAACUAAUGUAAGAUAGGACCCUCCUCCCCCCAGCCUACUUCAGGGAUUGCCAGAGGUCAGCUCAGCCCCUAACAACGGGUCCCCUGAGCAGGUCCUCAGGCCCAGAGCCUUGGCACCCCACCACCUGCCCCAGCCCAGGCUCCCAGCAGCAUGGCUGGAACCAGUGCUCCCAUCAUCCGCAGACCCCAGCUCCAUAGAAGGGGAGCCCAGCCAAGAGCACAGCCUACCCACCCAUUAGGGCACCCAAUCCAGCUGGUUCCCCACGGAGUAGCCAUUGACCCUUGACCACUUGGGCCUUGGUCUAUGUCCCAAGACACAAACCACGACAAGUCUCUUUUUUAUACAUGCAGAAAAAAAAAAGGUUUUUUACGUGAACUUUCUCACAGUUUAUAAGUAUUUUUGAUAACCCCAGCACUGAGGAGAAAGAAGAGGGCUUUUCCCCCACCCGCAACCGCCUCAUGAUGGCUGGAUCUGAAAUCCUAGAUGGAUCUGGCUUGAUGUCUUUGCGAUUGUCCUGUGGGAAGAAAUGUUCCUCUCUUCUCUUCCAGCUUUUUAAAAAUAGUUCUCAGAGGAUCAGUGUACCUUCAGUUCUAGCCUGUCCUCCACUCAAACCCUCCCACGAGGGGCCCUUGUGCUGUGUUCCCCACCUCAGUCCUAAACCGUAUCAGGAGGAAGACCGUUCCUGAGGGGCAUCCCAGAGCUCUCUGUCUGAGUUCCCUGCCUGCCUGGGGUGCCUCCGCAACUGAGCCCAGCUCUUGUUCUCAGUGUUGUAUUAAGAAUAGAAAUAGCUGUCCCCAAGAGCCUUUACCAUCUUUGUUAAAAAUCACAUGUAUUUUCCCAUUUCAUCCUCACGCUAACCUGAGACAAAUACUGUUUUGUUCCUGUUUUAUAAAUCAAGAAGCUGAGUCUCAGGGAAGUGCAUAGACUUCACUUGAGAUUCAGCCCCUCUUGAUUUUUUUUUGGAGGGUUUCCUUUUGUACUGAACCUCUGCAUCCUACCCCCAUGUGUCUCCUCUGCCUUGUUUGUUUUUGUUUGGGGGGGGGGGACAACCAGUGGUGCACAGGGCUUACUUCUGGCUCUAUGCUCAGAGAUUGCCCCUGGCAGGCUCAGGGGACCAUGAGGGGUGAUAGAGAACGAACUGGGUAGGCCACGUGCAAGCUAAGCACCCUACCUGCUGUGCUAUCUCUCUGACCCUCCCCUGCCAUUUUUUAUUGGCAUGAGAAAAAAAAAAUCUUUCAAGCCAAAAUGUCUCAUUUCCCCUCUGAUAUUCAUAUCAUAGGUGGCAUAAUCCAGCAAGCUCUGCCAGAUCCUAUGUGCCCUUUUGUGAGGCAGUUUGCAAGCCCCUUGUAGGAGUGAGGGGAUGCCCCUACUGGGUUUGGGUGGUUUAACCCGUUCCCUGAGCUAUCUAGUGUGAGAGACUCAGCUUCCCCCACAAGCAGGCCCUUUCCCUGUGCUGAGCAAGGAGGCCUGUUCCAUAGUGGGCAGUCCUGGUGCUGGGCCUUCUUCCUCUGCCUAACCCCCUGCCCCUGCACUGGGCCCAGCUUCCCUCUUGUCACCCCUCUACUACUUUCUCUGCCCCCAAUGUGUCCUGUAAUAAAACUGAAGAGACAGUCUGAUUCUAGGUGUCUUUUCUUUGAGCAAGA